AUGAGCGCGGCUACGCCGGAGGUGCGCGGCCCGCCGCCGGACUCGGCGUCACCAUCCAUAGCUCUGCCCAGGAUCAAGCCAGAACUUGGCCUCAACGAUGCGACCCUAUUUGCCGUGUAUUGUUUCAUUAAAAACUUUAUCGGCUUAAGUGAGGCAGUGGUGAUAAGUCGUGUUCCGCAUGGUGCAUACGCUGAUGGCCGAGUUGCGGGUGCUGAUAGGGAAGCGGGCCCCCUCUGGGACCCCGCCUCCCUCACCUCAGAGCCCGCAAGCCCCGUAUACUCGGCGAGACCUGAAAGCUAA